UAUUAUGCAUGACUAGUAUUAUACUUUUCACCCUUUAAGGGUCCAACUAAAUUUGCAACUGCAGUAACAGACAGCUCCUUGACAGCAUAGAUGUUUUAGUGUCCGUUACCUUCAGUUUUAUUUGUUUUGUUGGAUGUUGAUGCUGAUAUACAUUUACCUUCCAAAAUAUAUACUGGUUUUAGUUUUAGUAUCAAGGAUAAUGGUGUUGCAGCGCGAGAUGGAUCAAAGUGAUGAUGAUGACUCGUUUGAAUUGGUGGGAUCUGAUGAUUUGCAUAUGGACCAAAGCGAACAUACCGAUAGUGAGUCUUUUGAAAUUAUUGGUUCUGAAGAGCUGAAUUUUGUAAUGAAAAAUAUGAAGGAAGUGGAUAUUGGUAUUUUAGAUACGGGCGGGGGCUGUGAUUCUUCUCAAAGCGAUGAGCAGCAGUUAGACAGCGUGAACAGGUACUCCGAUAAAUCAGUCGACUGUAAGCAAGGAUUUUCUGCUGGAAGCACAUAUCCAUGGGAUUCAUUAUCCAUUAAUGAGCCGGAUGAUAAGAAUGAGCAGUUGUUGGACGACCUGGAUAGGUACUCUGAUAAAUCACUGGACUCUGAGCAAAGUUUUUCUGAUGGAAGCACGUAUUCAUGGGAUGCAACACCCAUUAAUGAGCUGGGUGAUAAGCACAAAGGUUCAAAACGUAGAGAUGUGGUGUAUGAUAUGGAUGGAACAGCAUAUGUGUUCCGUCCAAAUAUCACGGUGAGAAAGGACAUGGAAAUUAAAGAUGUGGCAAAGGACUAUAUUUUGCCUUUCCUCCCAGCAAAAUCCCUUGUGAGAUUUAGGGCAGUUUCAAAAGACUGGGAUAGUUGGAUAUCACAUCCAUUCUUAGCUCAUAUGCAGACUCUUUGUUUCCAGGACAUGUCUGGUUUCUUUUGUCAGGAUGGUUUCAACCAAUUCUUUGUAUCUCUCGACCAUGAUGCAUAUGGGAUUCCUGAAUCUUCUUUGUCAUUUCUUCCAUGGACGGUUAAGAUCAAAAGUUCCUGCAAUGGAUUGCUUCUCUGUCAAGGAGUAGGUGACACAGAUAGUGUAAAUGAAUACUAUGUUUGCAAUCCGGCAACUAGGGCUUUCCAUGUGGUGCCUCGAUCUACUUACUAUCAUGGGCCUGAACCGAAUUUAAUACUUGCCUUUGAGCCCUCUCUAUUGAACAUUGGGGAAGAUUUUAAGGUAAUAUGUGCCUUUGACAUUUACAAUGGUCCUCCGAUGCUUUGCUUUGACAUUUAUAGUUCAGAGACGAGGUCCUGGACCUGCUGUAAUGCUGUCUGUUCUGAGCUUGGGGCGCCAUAUUUGAAAGAUAAUGGCAUAUACAAAAAUGGGGUGGCAUACUGGGCUACCUCAACAGGUGAAUUGCUAGCUUUUGAUACUGUUAAUGACAUCUGUGGAGUUCAACCCAUAUGUUCUGAUGUUAAAGAUGGAUGGGGUAUUUUGACAUUGAUUGAUGAGGAGCUAUCUUAUGUUCAGUCCUACAUUGAGCCUUCUUACCUUCAGACUAGCAUGCGGAUUGGUAAUUUUUGUGAUGGGAGCGAGACUGGAAUGUUUGGUGGUGUGACAGAUACUAAUAUUUUUUGUGAUGAGAUUGAGGAUGUGAAGAAUAAGUGCAUAAUUGAGAUCUUUGGGGGUGUUAAUAUGUGCUUGAAGCGUCGUGAUGUUGUUGGACUUGAUAUGAAUAUUUGCAAUGCGUGGUCCUUUAAAGUGUUGUUCGCUGUUAAGCGCAAUCACUUCAUUUUCAAUAUCGAUGACAUCUUAUAUUCCUGCGAUGUGAAGGAAGAGAAAUUUGAAGUGAUUAGGAGAGGGAGGAUCAAACCGAGUACAACAUAUGUCCCCUAUGUGAACAGCCUCGUAUCUUUGCCCUGAGCAGUCACAUGUGUUUGCCGGACAACCUCAUCAAAUUCCAUCCACUCAUUGCGCCAGCUUUUACUCCCUUUUUAUUCUGUAAUAUCUAGUCUGUCUUUAUUGAGCAAGAACAGGAUGCUGUUAUACUAAUAUUUCAGUUUCAGUAUUACUGUGAAAUGUGGAUGUUGGUUCAGUUAUUUGAACAUGUUACUUUACUUAUUGUAAAUACCUUAUUUUACUUUGUC